GUUGUAUGAAGUGGUAGCUAAUGUAGAUAACUGUGGUUAUUUUAUAAUAUCGUAAAAUUUUGGUAUGGACAGUGAUCAUGUAAUUCUGCGACGAUGGCGAAACACAAUUGUUGUGUGUGCGUUCACGAUGUGUCGAUUCCUGGGGCAUGGACCGACGAACUGAUGAACUGGUGAUGGAGGGCAUGAGUGUUGUGAAGAAGCUAGAUACUUCCGUCGCAAUUGUGGAAACCGCUGAUUUACUUGCACGGGAUUUCGUUUAUAAAGUGAGUUGAGUCUAUGCUGCUGUGUAAACGUCUGGAUUUUAGAAGCCUAGACGUCGCGGAAUCUGGUUAGGUCUGGAUACCAAGAAAUCUACGGAUCUGUGCUCGCUUCACAUUGUCAACUGUGCAACAAUGUAGCGGCUAAGAAGGACUUGCUGCAUUCCAUGAUCUUCCUCCACGCCUGGGUAGAGCCGAACGCGGGCAAUUUCCGUAUAAUGCAAGAGUGACCUGGGAUAGAGUUCUUAUUUCGACACACACAACAUCGCUGGUCUCGAAACAGAGAGCUGUGAUGACCGUCAUUCUUGUAGCAAUGCGUAAUAUCGUGCCUUUCAGUUUACAGAUCCUGGAGAGGUGAUACGUACUCGAUGACGGCAUUGCAAACUCGGAAACUCCACCUCAACGAUGCCUCGGGAAAUCUGACCAGCCGCGUGGUGUAUUUAUUCAAUACAGUAAUUUUUCUUGUUACCCUGAUUGAUGGUGAGAACAGAGGGUGAGUUCAACGGGGGAAAAGCUCACUACGUCGAACUCGAGGUAGGAGAUCGACUUUCGCUGGAUCUAGGUACUGCACCUGUUUGACGAUAGCGUCGUCGGAGAAUGGGGGCGAGGACGAGAACGUCUUGAACUUGGUCAUGCUGAUGGAAAUCCACGCCGACAAUACUGCACGCGGGUGCCAUUCUGAUGGAGCUUAAAUUCUGUUCUUGGGAUGUUAAGACGGUGGCGCUCCUGGAACCAGAGAUAAUCUUCAUGGAAGUAAACUCAGAAUUGCCAAUCCUGCAUGAAGCUGCAGUGAAGGCAGCGGGGACCGUCACCGAGGAAGUGGCAACAACGUCGGCCAUUGAGCGAGAGUGAUCUGUGAAGAUGUUUGGCGCUACGUUGCGAAGGGAUGCCAAUUGGCUUCAGAUCCACUUAGAAAUUACUUCUUAAACCUGUGGAGGAAUUCGUAACGCAUACCAGCUUGAAGCAUGGAAUUGAGUUACGACGGCGAGCAUCAUUGUGGCAAGGGAGAGUUUUCUCGCAGUAGAGACUUUUCUUUGUCUCCGAAGCCCACCACGAGCAUUGAUUGCACACGUGCAUUCGUGAGCUUGGGGCUGGUGGGAGACAUUAGCUAUCCUCUCUGUUCAUAAAUUUGGCGCUUUCCUCCGGGUUAUUUGCACACAAUCCGCUCAAAGGGAGUGCAGCAUAGACUCCAUUCCUCGAAUAUUGGACUGAGGAGUAGAUUAUGUUCAUCGAAGCGCCUCAGAAGCCUAAAAGUCACUUCAGUUGCGAUUGCGACAAUCUUAUGACACAUUUGAAAGUCUUACUAUCUAGAGGCUUGUUGCAUUCAGCUGAAGGGUCCAUUUGUGAAGAAUUUAAAUUUUCACUGUUAGGAGCAGCAAUGGAGCACCUUCGAGCAUUAGGAUUUGCUCAUGGAGGAAGUCAAGUUUUAGCCAGUUCGCUGCAUAGCAGUUUAUUGGCCAAGGGAAUCUGCAGAUCAUUGCAGCUGGGCUACUGUCUCCGGAGUUAUUCUCUAGAUCCUUCUACUAGACUUCCUUCAUUAAUUUCCAGAAAGGAAUCAAGCCUUGGAAAGAAUCGACAGUCAGGUUUUAAGCACGGCCGAUGGCGGAAGGGUCAAGUGGAAUGUUCAGAAUCGAGUAUCACAGAGACUUCCACUCAAGCUGAAAUUGAAGUUGUGAAUUCCUUGAAAGAAGCCGAGAAUCAGUCCUCAAGAGCGGUUUCUGGCGACAAUGUUCGUUCGGAAGGUGAUUCUGAAGUGGUAAUCAAUGAGGUGGACGAUCACGUUCAAGCAGCAUUGGAGGAAAUUUUGUCAGAGGAUACUGUACUAGAAAGUCCUGAGAAUACUCUCUUGCGUUCCUUUGAGCAUGAUGAUGUAAUGGAAGCAGCUACCAAAGUUGCUGAGGCGUUGGUCGAAACUGAUGACGAACCCUUUGUCUCCUUCCCCCUCUUAGAGCCCCUCUCCCCCAUGGGAGCUGCUGCAGUCACAAUAUGGCCUGUAGAAGUGGAAACUACGGAGGAGCUUGCUCAAGAAGAAGUCCAAUCUGAAGAGGUUGGAUUCAUGGUCCAAACUGAGGAGCCAGAGCACUUUGACGCACCCCUCGAGGCGGCUAUUUUGGAAGAUACUGUGGCAGAGGAAGCGGUAGAGGAAGAGCACUUGCUGGAGCCUGGUGCUGUUGCAACAGCUCUAAUGGUUCAGGAGGUAGCAGAUGCAUUGAAAGUCACUGAGGAGGAUGCUGUAUCGCAUAUGAUUGAGAAGGAGACGGAGGUUGAAAGGCUUCAAGGAGCUGAGGAAAAGUCCUUGAUAGAACAGUUGAAAGAUAUCUUUGUGUUUGCAGGUCCUGCUUUGGGAAUCUGGCUCUCAGGGCCAAUUAUGGGGAUCAUUGACACGGCUGUGAUUGGGCAGAGCAGUUCUCUAGAGCUUGCUGCUCUUGGUCCGGGAACCGUUUUAUGUGAUCAAGUGUGUUAUGUGUUUAUGUUUCUCUCCGUUGCAACUUCAAAUCUUGUCGCUACCUCACUUGCGCACAAGAAUAAGGAAGAGGCAGCACACCAUCUUUCUCGAAUGUUAUUUCUAGCCGUGGCCUGUGGAUUUGGUUUGCUGGUUGUGACAGAAGUCUGGGUCAACGAGCUCCUUCAAGCGUUUGUUGGACCUCAGAAUUAUGAUCUUAUACCAGCGGCAAGAAUAUAUGUACAGAUCCGAGCUUUGGCAUGGCCAGCAGUUCUUGUUAGUCUGGUGUCACAAAGUGCCAGUUUAGCAAUGAUGGAUUCCAAAAAUCCCUUGAAGGUGUUAGUUAUUGGAAGCCUGUUCAAUUUGGUUGGGGACGUCGUUCUAUGUUCGUUUCUCGGUUAUGGCAUUGCAGGGGCAGCAUGGGCAACUAUCGUCGCACAGUAUGUGGCUGGAAUAUUAAUGGCAUUAUCACUAAGUGAUAAAGGCUAUAGUGCCCUUAAUAUACAAGUACCAUCUUUUAAGGACCUUGUAUAUAUUACAAGAAUAAGUGGUCCGCUUCUAUUGACUAUGAUAUCCAAGGUCUCAUUUUACACUUUGAUGACAUAUUUGGCGACAUCUCUAGGAGCUAUUACUGUAGCAGCACAUCAGGUGAUGGUUGGAAUAUAUGGCCUGUGCUGUGUCUGGGGUGAGCCUUUAGCUCAAACGGCGCAAUCUUUCAUGCCUCCUCUUUUGUAUGGCUCUCACAAAAAUUUGGAGCAGGCACGGAGGCUGCUCAAGCAACUCCUUAUCAUAGGAGUGGUGGUGGGAACAGCUGUGGGUGGCCUCGCAAUUGCUAUACCCUGGGUUUGCCCUCGCAUCUUUACCACUGACACUGCCAUUAUUUCUCAGAUGCGAGAUGUGACGCUUCCAUUCCUGGUCGGCAUGAUUUCAUGUCCGCCUUCGCUUUCUUUGGAGGGGACUCUCUUGGCUGGAAGGGACUUUGGUUAUCUAAGCUUCAGUAUGACAACAUGCUUCAUUGGUGGAACGGCUCUACUCUUGGCUUGCAAGGUGCUUGGCUGGGGGCUGGCUGGUACUUGGUGGACGCUUGCUGCGUUUCAAUGGGCCCGUUUUUUCAUGACUUUUGCACGCCUAUAUUCUCCUAGUAGUGUUUUGGCGGAAACUGGUUCUGACACAGCUUUGAAACCUAAGACAACCUGAUAUGGCUACCAGCGGAUCAAAGACACAGGUCAGGAGCUCAACUGUUUAGAUUGUUAUUGAGUUAAGACCUUCGACGUAUCACAGUACUUUUAUGUUAUCUAUGUAUACUAUGACGUUUUACCUCGUGCACAAUUGCACAAACCUUUUCCGUAGUCAAUGUUGAAUGUACGUGUAGCUAUGUUAUCUGCUACACCCUUGUUCAUAACAGUAUGAUUUGUAGAGCCCAUUGUUUAUUUAUCUACGAUACAUGAGUUGUAUAUUCACUAGAUUUGUGUCAGAA